CCACCAUCUUGGUCGCUGUGGAGGCCUGCUGGGAACAGGACUUCUAAAAUAUGGCUGGAAGGCUAUGGUCCAAGGCCAUUUUUGCUGGCUACAAGCGGGGUCUCCGGAACCAGAGGGAGCAUACAGCUCUUCUUAAAAUUGAAGGUGUUUAUGCCCGAGAUGAAACAGAAUUCUAUCUAGGCAAGAGAUGUGCUUAUGUGUACAAAGCAAAGAACAACACAGUGACUCCUGGUGGCAAACCGAAUAAAACUAGAGUAAUCUGGGGAAAAGUGACACGUGCCCAUGGAAACAGUGGCAUGGUUCGCGCAAAAUUCCGAAGCAACCUUCCAGCUAAGGCCAUAGGACACAGAAUCCGUGUGAUGCUGUACCCCUCAAGGAUUUAAAUAUACUGAAAGCCCAAUAAAAGUGGAUUUGUUCUUGUAAAAAAAAAAA